AUGACAAACCCUAACAACCUUGAAAACUAUCGUGGUUUUCAUGCAAAUAGAAGACCAAACAAUAGUAGCAAUGUGCCCCCCUUGCUCCACCCGAUAAAACCAAAAUUCAAGAAAAAGAGCAGCUCAUUGUUCAACAAAUUGAUAUAUUCCAGAAAAGAGAGCGGUGGGGAUGACGAUGAGCAACACGAUGACGACGACGAUUCCAAAAAGGAACAAUUGCUUACAUCAUCAGACGCAUCAGUCUCCCCCACCCAUUCUGGCAACUCCUCUCGAGCCAAUUCAAUUGUUUCAGAAGAACAACUUCUCAAUCAAGAACAUCACCCCAAACGCAAAAGCAAUUCAUCAGCAUCUUCAAGUCACUCAAAGCAUAAAUUCAGACUUCCAUCUUUAUCUUUGGAUUACCAUCCGCAUCAUAUCUCCACAGUACUGCCAAACCAAUUGCAAAUGUCUCAGCCAGAUCACCCGGUAACUCCAUUGAAACUGAAACACGACCUUUAUUCAACGCCGUCUCCGUCAGACGUGUCUCAUAGAGACCAAUCAGUAACGUCACUACACUCCUUAGCGCCAACAGACAAUAUGAUGUCCUUGGACUUGAAUUUGGAUGAAAUGAGGGAUAUCGUGAAAACGGAUGAAACUACUGCACCUAAACAGAAUUGGAAGGCUCCCGAUAGUUGGGAUGUAAAGGCUUCCAAGAUAGAGGAGGUUCCAGAAGAGUUUAAUGAGCCAGAUUUUGUGGAAAAGCUGUUACCUGUACUAUACGGCACUAGACAAGGAUCGCACGUGUCGAAAUCAAUGGACCCACACCCUAGUCAUAUUAUACGAAUAUUCAAGGAAGACAAUACAUUUACAACCAUAUUGUGUCCGCUAGAAACAUCCACUACAGAACUUUUGGCAAUUGUACAGAAAAAGUUUUUCUUGGAAUCAGCAUCAAACUAUCAGUUAUCCGUACACAUAGGAAACAGUGUCAAAGUCUUGGAGAGCUUUGAAAAACCAAUCAAGAUACAAACUGGCUUACUUCUUUUGAGCGGAUAUACCGAGGAAGACAACUUAAGGAUUAUUGGCAGAGGCGACAUGUCGUUUGUGUGCAAAUUUGUGGUGGAAAACAUAUACCUAAGGAGCUUAACGCACGAGGAGGAAGCUUUGUUGUCAAAAAAUUACGUGGAUGUCAAUAUAUCCUCCUUGAAUCUCAAAAACAUUCCAAUCAUAUUCCACCAACACACCUACGAGAUUGAAAAGUUGAAUGUUUCGGAAAACCCGUCCAUUUACAUACCACUAGACUUUAUCCAAUCGUGUACCAACUUGACGAGUGUCAAUUUUUCUCGCAACGGAUGUUCAAAAUUUCCCACCAAUCUUCUUGAAGCAACUGGACUCACCCAAUUGAAUCUCGAGAUGAACUUUUUAGACGAUUUGCCGGUAAGAAUCAACUGCCUUGACCACUUGACCCACUUGAAGCUAAACUCAAACCAGUUAACUCUGCUUCCAAAGUCAUUUGGCGAGCUAAAAAACUUGGUUUAUCUCAAUUUGUCAUCAAAUUACUUUAAUCAGUACCCGGAGGCAGUCAAUAAUUUGGACAAAUUGAUUGAGUUGGACUUGUCGUACAACGAUCUCUCGUAUUUACCUGAAACAAUCGUCAACCUCAAAAGCUUGCAGAAGUUGAACUUGUGCACAAAUAAGCUAGACAAGGCUUUACCUGGUUUUAUUGCCGAACUACACUCUCUAAAGAGGUUGGACAUCCGUUACAAUCAAAUUGCAAACGUGGAUGUGUUGGGAGAGUUGCCAAAUCUCGAGGUCUUGUAUGCAUCAAGAAACGCGAUUUCUGCAUUUUGUGAUCGUAUGGAGAACCUAAGACUUCUCCAUUUUGAUAAAAACCCAAUCACAGAGUUAAAGUUUGUUAACCAAUUGCAAAUGCUCAACAUUUUGGACUUAUCCAGGGCAAAGAUUACCGCGAUCCCCCCAGAAUUUGUUGACAAAAUUCCAAAUAUUGAGAAAUUGGUUCUUGACAAAAACCAUUUGGUAAACCUCCCACAAGAAUUGGGCCAGUUGACAAGAUUAUCAUACCUUUCCAUCUACUCAAACAACUUGCAAGCAGUCCCGUUGUCAAUAGGAAACUUGUUCAACUUACAAUACUUGAAUCUCCAUUCCAAUAGCAUCCAAACCUUGCCGGACGAGAUUUGGAACAUGCGCUCAUUGGCUGUAUUGAAUGUGGCUAGUAAUAACCUAACCUCCUUUCCCAAGCCCCCAUUUGCCAUUGCCAAACGUAUAUCAUCAUCCAACGAUUUUGGAGAGUUGCCAGCGUCGGAUUCCAUCGCCGACACGUUAUCGGUUUUGACAAUUUCCGAUAAUAGGCUUAAUGACGAUUGCUUUGACGCCAUAUCUUUCUUGGUUGGAUUGAAAUCAUUAAACAUGUCGUACAACGACUUGAUUGAGAUUCCAGAAGGGUCGAUUUCCCGAAUGAGACGGUUAAAUGAGUUAUACUUGUCUGGUAAUGAUUUGACCACGCUUCCUGCAGAUGAUAUAGAGCAAUUAAAAACUUUGAAGCUCCUUUAUAUCAACAACAACAAGUUGGUCUCCCUUCCUGCAGAGUUGAGCAAAUUGACCAAUUUGCAACAUUUGGACGUGGGUUCAAACCAGUUGAAAUACAAUAUAUCCAACUGGCCAUACGACUGGAACUGGCAUUGGAACAAAAACUUGAAAUACUUGAACUUUUCCGGAAACAAGAGGUUUGAAAUCAAACAAAGCCAUGUCAAAAAUCCCGAAACCGGUGAAGAUUUUGAUAGUUUGUUGGUACUAGACCAGUUGAAAGUGUUGGGAUUGAUUGAUGUUACAUUGACUACAACCUCGGUACCAGAACAAGCUGUCGACAAGAGGAUACGAACCACGGCGUCGGAAUUGGACAAUAUAGGAUACGGUGUGAGUGACACCAUGGGACAAAGAGACUUUAUUUCAAACCGCGAUCUAUUUAUUCAAAAAUUCAGAGGCAAUGAGGAUGAGGUGCUUGUAUGUUCCUUUGAUGGUAAGCAUGGUGCCCCCAACCAAGGUCAUAGAAUUUCCUUAAUUGCAAGAAAUAUGAUUACAAAAAGUGUGACCGAUGAGUUGGCAAAAAUCAACGACGAUCCAGACAAAAUCAAUACUGCUCUUAGAAGAGCCUUUUUAGCAUUCAACAAGGAGAUAAAUGGGAUCUUGUUGGCUAAAAAAAGCCACACAUUUACUCCCGGUCCACAGUACACCAAGGAACAAAGCGAGUUGAACUUGAUUGACGAUGCAAGAAGCGGAGCGUCUGCAACUGUCAUCUACAUCAAAAACAAGAAGCUCUACUGUGCAAACAUUGGAGACAUUGAGAGUUUGCUCUGUCAAAACAAUGGUAAUUUCCGUGUAUUAACAACGGCCCACAAACCAACAAACCGUGAAGAAUUCGAAAGAAUCAGGGCUUCUGGUGGUUAUGUUUCGGGAAGCGGAGAUUUGGAUGGAGACUUGCCUGUAUCCCGUGGUGCCGGGUAUUUCUCUUACUUGCCCCAUACGCAUUCUGGCCCUGAUGUAAGUGAAUUGACAUUGACGCCCGCUGAUGACUUGUUGGUCAUUGCCACAAAGGUGUUGUGGGAUUAUAUCUCCUACGAGCUAGCAGUUGACAUUAUACGUCAAGAAAAAAAUGAUCCAAUGGUUGCUGCACAGAAAUUGCGUGACUUUGCUAUAUGCUAUGGGGCUUCGGACAAAAUCACGGUUAUUGUGUUGACAUUUGGAGAAAAGACAAAACUGAAUGCCUUGUACAAUAAUCUUGGUCGCGAGUCUGAUUUCUUCAAAAGGAGAAGAGACAGACAAGUUGGGGGCGAUUCAACGCUUCGUAGAUUGGAGAGUGAAAUUGACCCCCCUGUUGGCGAGUUGGCAUUGGUGUUUACAGAUAUUAAAAACUCCACUUUACUUUGGGACUCAUAG